UUAUUUAUUAAAUUUAAUUGUCAUGUUGACAGGUUUUAACACUGGCAGGUGAUUCCAAGUUUUUGUUGUUAUUUGUGAAAGUGUCGGGUCUUUCAUUAAUGCAUUCGGCAAUUGUAAAUUCACAUAUCAGUUAACUGUGCAAAUUUUAAGGGUGUAUUGCCAGUAUCACUAAAACGUUUUAAAUCUUUCCAUGACAUGGAGUUCCAAAAAUUAACUGUUUUAUUCAUUUUGGCCUUAUGUUUAACAAGUUGCGAAUUAUACAGGGAAUCUAUCAAUAUACAGGAGCAGUGUCCACAACUGUAUGAAAAGACUUUCACAGGUUGUAUACCUAGAGGAAAUAUCAGUGCAGGAAUCUUUGAAGAGGUUGAAGGUCCAAACAAAUUAAAAACUUGUGUUUUGGAAUGCUGUCUAAAAGAUAACUGUAAUGUUGCAUUUAUGCAUAAUGAUAAGUGUUUCCAUAUUGCUUGCAAGAAUGAUGAGGUUUGUUUACCAACAACCACUACAAAUUUGAACAAGUCUGAUCGACUUUUCUUAGUUUUGGUAAAGCCUGUAGAUGAUCAGUCGUGGGACGAUGUUUUACGACAACAAGAUUUCUCGAGGAACCAAGAAGACAAGGACAUCUUUAAUAUUUUAAAUGACAGAAAAAGAUUCGAGGACGUUUUCAGAGAUCUGCUGAAGGAAGAGUCUUACGAACGAGGGAUGUAUUGUGACAUGGGAAUCGAAAAUAUUUGCUUGGCCAAUGAAGAAUGUGUACCAGCUCAUGCCAAAACUAACUCAGGUAUCUGCCAGUGUCUCGACGGCUUCAUCCGAGGUCCGAAGGGCGACUGCCUCCUUAUGUUACCAGAAGAAGCAUCCAUUCGAGGCCGUCCUAGUCUUUUGACUGAUCGUAUUCUGGAAGUAGAAGCAACUACCAACAAGUCUUUGCCGGUUACACGGAAAGUACUUAUAGUUCAAGCAGCGUCGAAAGAAGUUAGGCUGCCCGUCGAUGAAGUAACUUUAGAUGCAACAGUUGUAUCGGAUAAAGAAGACAAGUACCAAUACGAAUGGACAUCGUUGCAACAGCCAGACGGUAGUACGGCUGUUGUUAAGCAUCAAAACGAGGGUCAACUGCGUUUAGAGAAGUUGACUGAAGGCGUGUACUCUUUUAAAGUUGCAGCUUCAACUCCAUCUGCCUAUGGUGAAACUUUCGUCAACGUAACAGUGUUACCAGCCAAGAGGAUUAAUCAGCCCCCUAUUAUUGUGAUAACCCCUGCUAAUCAAACUAUUAAACAGCCAAACUCGGCUGCCGUUUUAGAUGCUUCAUCUUCAAGAGACGACGAUGGCAUUGCUUCUUGGCAUUGGGAAUUGCAACAAGGACCACUAGGAUAUGAACCUCAGUUGAAAGACGCUCCUACAUUGCAAUUGAAUGACCUAACCAAACCUGGAAAUUACACAUUUAAGCUGACAGUGAUAGACACAGAUAAAGCGAGUAGCAGUCAGACAGCUAACAUUACUGUAUUAGCAGGUACCGACUACCCUCCAGAAGCAAAUGCAGGUGAAGAUAAAAUCAUUUACCUACCCCACAACUCUAUAACACUAAAUGGCAGCUUGAGCUUAGACGAUCACGCCAUAACUACGUGGGAAUGGACAAAAUCAGCUGACGAUGCUCAAAAAGCUGUCGAUAUGCAAGACACGAGAACGCCUAUUUUAAAACUUUCGAAUCUAGAAGAGGGUAUUUAUACGUUUAUCCUUAAAGUAACAGACAGUGCAGGACAAUCUAGUACGGCGCAGGUACAUGUCUUUGUCAAACCGCCUACCAACAAACCCCCAACGGCAAAUGCAGGCCAGAACAUCACAAUCAGUUUACCUCAAACUUGGGCUCUUCUAGACGCCUCCAAUAGCACAGACGAUAAUAAAAUAAUGGAGUUCAAGUGGGAGUUGCUGGAAGGACCGUCUUCAGUUACAUUUGAAAAUGCCAAUUCUAGCAAAACUAACGUUACAGGACUUACGAAGGGGACGUACACGUUUAAAGUUAGUGUAACGGAUGAUAACAAGAAUGUUGCUAGCGAUAAGGUAUACGUCAUCGUUAAUCAAAAUAAGAACCAAAAACCAACAGCUGACGCUGGAAAAGAUUUCGAGGUGGAGCUUCCCAAAAACAUCAUCAUGUUGAACGGUUCAAAUUCAAAGGAUGAUUGGGCCAUCGUCAGAUGGAAAUGGGACAGGAACGCAAAUUCUCUAGCUAUUGGCAACAUUGCCGAAAAAACGGAUGAAUCCCCAGUUCUAAUUUUAACAGAUCUCGCAGUGGGAAAAUACAUUUUUAAUUUGACUGUGUACGACGAGCAAGGAUUAUCCGAUACAGAUACUGUGUCAGUGAUUGUUAAAAAUGACCCAAAAGUGUAUUAUUUUGUGGAAUUAACGGUGGAUUUAAAUGCACAGACCUUAACGCAAGCGCAGUAUGACUCGCUGAUAGGUAAAUUGGCUUUGCUUGUCAAAAAUGGAUCAAAGUUACAGGUUAGAAGUGUCCGUCCUUCCAAGGUAACAGGAAAUGCCCUCAUUACCUUCUACGUAGAUGACUCCACCGGCAAACCAACCCCCGCUAACGAUGUGGUUCAUUAUCUCCGUCAAAAACUCCGCGUCGACGCCAGUCUUUUAGGUUUUUCAGUCGAAAAACUCCAAACAAGUAUCUGUCAGAACAACUGCUCUGGACACGGCGUUUGCGACGAGUUGACGAGGAAAUGCAAAUGCGAAGCUUUUUGGAUGCAAGACAUGUUUAAAGUUUAUCUCAAAUUCGAAGGAGAUUCUGACUGCAGUUGGAGCAUAUUAUACGUGGUGUUAGGUGUGGUUUGUGGUAUUUUGUUGUUUGUCGGUACCCUAUGGGGGACGGUGCAUCUAUGUUAUACCUUCUGUAUAAAAAGGAACCGUAACGGCAAACCUACGACGUAUAAACUUAUCGAAGACACGGAAGAUGUACCAUCAUAUACAUCGAAAAAAGCCAACUUUUCGGACAGCGAUACCGAUUCUGACGUAGUCUUCGAGUCCCGAUCGAAGCCUCCACGUUUUUCGGACACGAGAAACGGUCACAAACCGAGCAGAAACGGAUUUCCGAAAGGGGGACGAAGGAUAAAAACUUAGUAUAAGUAUUUAUUAGACGGUAUGCGCCAAGUUGAUAACGAUUUUCACUUUCCUAUUUAGUAAUGUGAUUUUUAUUUAUUGUGAUUCUAUUUUAAACAUACUUUUUACGUUGAUCUAUACUGAAUUAUUGUUAUUUUAGAUUUUUACGAAAAGAUAAACUUUUAGUCUAAAUGUUUACGUACGUAAGUAAAUUGGACAUUCUGGUUCAUUAGUAAAGUUCUAUCUCUCAGUAGCAAGUACAAUAUGUGAUUAAUAAUAUUUGUUUUAAAGUUGUGUUCCGGUUUCUAUAGUGUAUGCACGCCUCCCAAUACCGAUUAGUUAACGAGUGCCAUUAUGCAAGUCGUGACGAAGUCAAUUCUCUCUCGAAUUCGAAUUCAAUGUCUUUUCUAUGCUAGUAAUCUACUACAGUGGAACCUCGAUUAUUCGUCAGGGCACCGGACCAAUCAACCACCGGUUUAUUUGACGAUAUAAGAGGGAUUUAUGUUAGUACAGUCGAAUUAAUUUGAUUUAAAAUAUUCUGAAAUCUUUGUUUGUUCUAUUGUUCAAUAUCCCGCGCAAUAACACUUUGCGAGAUAGGCC